AUGCGAAAGCUAAUUCAAUUCUCCAUUUAUGUAGUCCUAAUUAACGCUGUUUCCACGGAUCAUAUUACAUUCUCUCCGCCGGACGAAGCAUUUGUUCUUUAUCACAGUCAUCAAAAUACGAAUUUUACAUCAGUUUUUGUUCAAGAUGGUUGUCCGAAUAGUCGAAACCUUAUGGCUACAGUAUACUCAUCGGAUGUGUCAUCUUCCAGAAGAGUUUUCGAAGAAGUUCCAUUGCAUUGUGCUGUCAAAGUUAGAAUUAUAACGGAGAAGGUUUUAGUGGUCCGUCCCUACGUGGAUCUUCUGGCAGUGAUUGAUGAAUCUCUAUCCCGUCACGUGGGUGGAAUCUGCGUCCAUGCACAAAUAACAUCAUCAACUUCUGCAACUGAACUUGGAAAAUGUCAUCUCAAUCGUCAUGACGAUCAGAAAAUCAGUUGUGUUGUUCGUAUUCCAGUUCCGUUUUCAUGGUUUCCAACUGAUCAAAAUAAGACAAGUGUUCUUUCCGUUUCGUAUACUGUAUCUGAAAAAUGUGAUCAGAAUUUUCAUGAUCUUCCUCAGCAUUUAAUUGAAAUCAAUUCACGAAUCUCGAAGCAGAACAUUGAUUGGUUGGCUAAUGCAACUGAUACAUCUGUGACAUUGCGAUCCACUUCGAGUCAAUCAUUUUCUCAGAAUUCAAUGCAAACUUUGUUUCUUCAUGUUAAAAGUUGGGCAAAUGAAACAAAGCAAAUGGAGAUUCGACUUUGGGUGGACUCUCGAAUGAGCAUCGAAACAGUGUAUCCGACUAGUUCCAAUUGGACAAUUCGAGUUUCUUCUGCCAGUAGACCGUUCUUUUACACGUCACUAGUUUGCAAACCAAAAGAUGGAAUGUCUGGAUUUGACGACAAUAUUGUGGCGAUUUUAAUCAAAAUGGUAUCGUCCACAGAUGCUAUAAAAGAUGAUGUUGUACUGCACUGGCAUGUGAUAUUCGGCCCAAAAAGUCCAGAUCCACCGCCAGAUGAUCACAAGGUUGCAACCAAAUUCUCAGUUAUUGCAGAUGAAGUUGCAGCAGUUGUUAUUGUUCCAAAGAGAAAAGAACUGAUGAAUUUGGCAGUAAUAUCUGGUCUUCAAGUGACCUCCUCUCUCCGAAUAUUUACAGUUUCUAUUGGGGCAAAAGCAGAAGACGUAACAUCUCAGUCUCAUUGUAUCUCAUCAGAUGCAAAUAUAAUCAAAGUAUCUCCAACUUGUUCAUCAGUUUAUCUCGAUGGAUCCGAGUCAAACGGUUCUUCAGAUGCUCAAGUAUAUGCUCACUUUCUCAGAUACACUACGGCUUUUUCAUUUCGUGUUUGGUAUCCAAAACUACCUCUCAAAAUAUGGACGAGUAGUUCCACACUUUCCACUAUUAAGAAUUGGAAAGUUGGAUUUUGGAGAGAUUUACCCCUGGGUGGAGGUGUUAAAAGAUCAAGAGCUGCUAGGCAAUUCGCAUGUGUUAAUAGAUUCCAACAUGGACAUGUUAAAGUCCUAGCAUCUUUAUGGAUUGAAGAUCAGAAAACAGGAGAUCAAUUAUAUCUUUCUUCACAUAAAAGUAUACUUUUCGAUGUUACUAAUAUUGUUCACAACGCGUUACAAAUCUCGAAUCGAACUGUUGCAAAUGUGAAAUUUCAUGAAGGAAGAGCAGUUAUAAUUGGAGAAAACAUGGGAUUAGCAAAGUUAGUAGUACGAAAUGUCAAGAAAUCUCUUGAUCUUGUGACUGAAAACAUCUCAGUUCGAAAUGAAGAAGUUACCACAACUGGGCUAUCAGCACGUCCAAUUUGUGACACAAACUUCCGAAUUCUUCCAAUUUUGUUCUCUCCAGCAUUCUUCAAAAUAGAAAUUUAUCAUUCGAAAACUCUCACAAAACUCUAUCAACAAUGCUCAAUUUUCGCUAGUGUUAGUUAUUCCGAUGCAACGUGGGAGCCAUUAAACGACCUGGAUUCUUCAUAUUUUGAAAUGUCAGCUCAUUCUGAUAAUGAAAGAGCUCUCGCCGUUUCUCAUCAUGCAUCAAAAGUUCAUGUUAUUGCAAUUGAUGAACACUGGCCACUUCCAUCUGUUGAGAUUGCUCUUCAGUAUUCUUCACAGUGUGCAUCGACAAUUAAUGGAGCAUCACCUGCUUCUCUAGCUGUUACGGUUCUCAACGUUCCCAUCAAAAUCAAUAAUUCUGGUCAAUCAAUCAUCGAUCUAGAUCCAUCCUCAACCACAAUUGAACCUUCUGAAUCUCUUCCAUCUGUCCCAAUGCACAUUUUUCUCCUGACAGUAUUUGGCCUUGUUCUUUUAUUCAUUUUUAUAUCUUGUAUAAGGAGAUCAGCUGCAUUCAAAGGAUAUGAACAACUAGUCGUCCCGUUCUUCUCUCGAUUAUCUUCAUCUUCUGGAUCUCAUUCGAGACAAGAAGAAACAAAUGAAUGGGUAUGGUUGAGUCAGCCACAAGCUCCGUCAUCUACUAUUAGUUCUGGAUAUUCCGGAAACAAAUCAACAGCUGAAAGACAAUCUUCCAACGGUGAUGACCCUUCUAGAACUAGCAUUUCUUAUCACGGUUCUGAGAUUUCUGUUUUUAUUGCUCCAUCACAAGCAAACGUUGUGGUGAACCAAACAUCCCGCCAUCCUCGAUACACUUUGGUUGACUCGAAUUCUGACCAUAAUUUAGCUCGAAUAGUUCCAAAAGAAGAGAGAUGGACAACAGGUGGACAUGAUCAGUUUCAUACUUGGACUUGGAAACAUCGAAGUGGUGGACGAAUGGAAGCUCCAAUUCGAGAAAGUAUUGCUUGA